UUCGCAGGAUCAGGUAUGAGCCCCACAGUCAGAGUGGGGUGUUGUGGCUAAUGCAGAGGUCGCUAAAACAAGAGAACGAAGAAACCAGAGAGGAGCAUUGGAGCACCACAGAUCUGACCCUGUAAUAUGAAGGUGGAUGGAGUGGCAAUGAAGCUGUCUGCCUGACUGAGCAUCUCCUCAUUAUCAUUCCCCCUCCCCUCUCUUCAUCCAAUUCCCUAGUCCUAUCUGCCAUCCCCCUCUCCACCACAUACAGAGCCAAACAACUACCACCACCGAUCUCUAACACCGUUGCACACACACAUAGAGACACACACACACACACAAACACACACAUACACUACCCCUCUCUCCUGGGAUACGAUUUGAAGAUUCGCAAGUGCAGCCUCUCAUUUGUAAUCAGAUGAAAGAAAGGAUUAUCUCAAGGUUUGCCCCAUCUUGUUCCCGGCCAGGAUAGAGGGACGGAGGAGGAAGAGGAGGAAGAGACUGGAGAGGAGAGAGGGAGGAGUCUGUGGAUGGUGCGUGGCGAGAGGAGGUCACCUGUAGAGAACCACUUUCCUCUCCAUUCAAACAACCUGGACUAACAGGUGUUUAUCCUGGGAUCCUGGGGGAUAACUUGACUCUGACACACACACACAGAGAGAGAGAGAGAGUAAAUAAAGAAGAGGAACAUAAGGCACGGAUCUUAUAUUUUUUCUAAAAGGGCUUUCUCAUGGCAGAGAGUGGGCAUCCCGUGUCAGCACUAUACCCACCAGGGGGCAGUGUUUCCCCUGACUCUGCCCUCUGCACCGACCCCCUCCUACCUCUCUCUAAGAGCUCCACAGAUGGGCUGACAGGUCCUCUGAGGCAGGAGGAACUCAGGAAGGGCUCCAGUGAGCAUACGGCUCCAUGCUCCCAAAGAGACAGAGAAACAGGCAGACAGGGGCCUUCUCAGGCCGUCCAGAACAACAUCCAACCGCACACAUCUGACCGCGUGGACCCCAGGAAUGCUGUCCGCCCUCACACAGCCCAUCACCACGAGGAGGGCGUCACCAAUCAUGGUCACGAAGCCUUAUCAGCCUUCGGAGAGAGCCAGGCGCCCCACCCCUUAUCAUCAUCACAGAGAGACCUGGGAGGACUGGAUCUAUCCAGGCUGCCUGUCCAGAGGAGUCACUCAGAUACGCUCCACAUGCUCAGGGAGGUCCCUGCCCCUCCACCUCACAGUGAAAACAGCUGCCCUUCGUGCCCAGGGAGAGACUACCUUUCCCAGGUUGCCUCUCGUAAGGCUUUCUCCACCUUAGCCUGCAAGCAGCCCUUGCAGCUCCAGCACUGCAAUACAACCACAACCAACCCCACUGCCUGCAGACGGGGAAACGGCGGGGGAGGCAGACCCACACAGCAGCCUCAGGCCGGGUGUGUCAGGGUCGGUGCCCCUAGCCCCUCUAACACAGCCGCUAAGGUCGGCGGUGAGGCCCAACGCCUACAAUCAUGUGAGGAGGCCAUCUGCUACUGCACUUUCGUCCACCCCCACGGGACGUUGAAGGACACUUUUGCGGCAUACUGCCACCCCCAACCCAUCACCACCCCUGCCCAGCUGCUGCCACACCUUCCGUGCACAGAAGCUGAGUUCAGGGACCAGAGGGUGCUCCCGCCUCACCUGGCGCCUACCCUCCUCUCCCUCCCUCGCCUCAUGUCCUCCGUCAGCGAGACAGGGCUGGAUGCCAAGCGCCUGCUGCAAUGCUGCAACCUCAAUUGCAACCUCAACUGCUCCUGGGCCAACACUCUACACCCUAGUGGAGCCCUGCAGCAGGACAUUCAGAAAUAUAGCUGUAUAAGCAGCAACAAUAGAGCCACCAGGGACACAGGGACCAUGAUGUCCCCCAGGGAGCUCAGGGACGUGGGGGUGCAGACGGGCCAGGUCCACGAGACGUGUCCGGCCCACGUGUUCCCCCAGGUCUGCCUGGUGGAGGAGAAUGGGAAUGAGAACGGGAACGGGAACAUGAACGAGAACGGGAAUGAGACAGACACGUCCCAGAAGCCCCCAGUGAAGGAGGUGAAGUGGGAUGCGGAAGGGAUGACAUGGGAGGUGUACGGGGCUUCUGUGGAUCCUGAGGAGCUGGGCCUGGCCAUCCAAAAGCACCUGGAGCUGCAGAUCAAGGAGACUGCUGGCCGCGCUGCCAAGCUGUCCCGCCAGGAUCCAGCUACAUCCAGGAAGAGCAGCGGUGGUGCCAUUGGCUGGAGGAAGAGGAGCGGGGUGUUGGGCUAUAUCAGAACCCCAGCCUGCUGCGCACGCUCCAGCACGGCCGUGGACUGAGAGGGGAAACACCGGGUUCCAUGGUCAAGAUAGCUGUUGCUUUAUUACACAUCAAAUGUGACUCCAAUACACCAGAGAUAGUGUGACCAGUCUGGAUUAAGAGAAUCUGUGUGGCUGUCAGAAACAUGGCAUGUGUACAACAACCUACCAUCGUAUUGCUGAAAGAGGUGAAUGGAAAGACAGUGAAAGGUUCCAUUUGGAUGGACUUUAUUGGUAACGGUACCUUCAUCAUCACCGUAGAUGCCAAGUGAUAGAACAGAGUGCUGCCA